CCCCUUUAUCAGCUCUCCUCCAAUGAGCUCUUUCCUUUUUUCACACGUGUCCGACCCAGCUGUGGCUCAUUGGCUAGUUCCUCUACUCACUUCCUGUUUGGGCCUCUGACGCCUUCAUCCGCCUUUUAAUGUGUGCACCGAUUCAUCUUCUGAUAGAACAGGACCGAGAGCAUCUCCAUCGUGAACCCAACAGAACCAGAGACCUAAAUUGAAAGCUGUUUGCCGCGUCCGAGUGAAGCCAGGAGUUUCUCCUUACAAGGUUCCGUGGCACCGAGUGUGACCUCACUCGGCAGGAAUGUGAGCUUGGAGGAGGUCGUGUUGCAACACGUGUCCAGGAGAACCUUGUCCGGGACCUUCUGGGCUGGACUUCUGCAGCCUCACAAGGGCCGCUGGGGCGUGCAUGAAGAAGUGGAGUGUAGUGUCCCAGCAGCGUGACGAUCAUACGAUUCAUGGUUCCUCGUAUGAAACUCACCGCAGGUCACAUUCCACACGAGUCACAUGACCUGCUGCUCCCGUUGUCCUGGGGAACACGCCGUGGAGGAUCAGCACAAGGCUGACAGCGCAGAGGAGCAUUGAAGACGCACAGGAAGUGGAGAGAGAGCGUCGGCGGCGAGCUCGCGAGACGUCCUGUCGCAGGAACAGCGACUCAGCGCCGGCAGAGGAGCAUGACAUGUGCGAGGACGACUUCAAGCCCAGCAGUUCUCCUUCCUUAGAGGAGGACGAGGGCUUCAGCGACUGGACGCAGCGGCGAGAGAGGCGGAGGCAACAGCGCCUCCAGGAGGUCGUCCGCCGAGGCGAAGAGGACGAAGAGGAAGAGCGCGCCGCCGGCAAAGCGUCUUCCGCUCGCCUGAUACGCGACGAUAACAACGCGCAGGUGGAGACGAGGGACGAGGACGCCCAAAAGGAGACUGGAGACACCAGAAGACCGUCGUUCACCUCCAAAGUUUUCCUCGUCCAGGAUCCCAAACACUCCGAUACGCACACAGCCCACCAGGAAGUGAGGUCAUCCCCCGAGAAUCAACCCAGGAAGUCCGCCAGGUCCGGAGAGCAGGGUGAGGCAGACGCCAUCGCGGAGGCCGAGCGGCGCCUGCAGAGGAUCCAUCGAGGCUUCCAGGAGAACGAGAGCCAGGAGGCGGAGCUGCUGAGGCGGAGGCAGGCGGAGGCGGAGCAGGAGCUUGACGAGCUGAAUAGGAGGCGGGAGCUGAGGCGCCAUGUCCGCCAGGAGGAGGAGCGACGCAAGGAGGAGGCGGAGCGGCAGCGGCUCGCAGAGGAGGAGGCGGAGCAUCAGAGGAUGAAGGAGGACAUGGAGAGGAGGAGGACGCACGCCGCGGCGAGGAUGAAGAGCAUGAGCGAGCGUGACGCCGACGACGCCUUCUGCCCCUUCACCCCCAAGACGUCCACCCACAAAAUCACAGAGAGGACAGAAUCUCUGAACCGCUCUCUGAAGAAAAGUAACAGUUUUAAAAAGACACAGGCGCUCGUCCUGGUGAGCAAGAUCGACGACAAGAUGGAGCAGUACGCCCACGCUGUGGAGACCUCUCAGGAACCUCGAGGGGCGAAAACGCCGAUGGUCGACAUGCCCAACUCGCUGGAGGUGGUCACUUCCAAGAAGAACCUCUUCGAGGCUGGCCAGGCCUGGACCAGCAGUCCCGCUAAAAUACCGUCGGGCAAGGACACUGAUGGGUUAAAGGUGGGCGUGGCCAACCUGAUCACUCAGUGGGUCAAAGGUCAGCCUGACUCCAGGCAAUCCUCACAGAGCCGACCCGAAGAGGUGAAGUAUGGGGACGUGAUGCAGAAGAAGAACAUGUGGGAGAUCAUCGCAGAUCCUUCAGGGAGGCCCGCACAAAACAUGAAGGGCUCCAUGGCAAACAAGAAGUACAAGUUCGUGGUGACCGGACACGGCAAAUACGAGAAGAAGGCCGCGGGGCGUGGAGACGUCUCGGAUGCGGAGUCUGGUGAGCCACGUCACAACAUGAUCAUCAGUCCCUCUCGGCGCUAAGCCUUCUGGAUUUAUAACAAAAGGACUACUGAGGUGGUCUCGUUUCAUCAGCUUGGACCGAGUCAUCAGCAUCAACCCCAAUGACCCCCCCCGGCCCCUCCCAGUAUUACCCCCUCGUUACAUUAACUACUUCCUGUAACGACAGCCAAUCACAUUGCAGCUCUUCUUGGUCUGGUUGUGCACACAUUAAGGGUGGAACUCUCCACAAUAUCCCCAGGGCCAGCCAUUGCUACGUGUUGCACAGUAUUUGCACACAGUCGCACCUUUAUAAAGGUUUCUUAAAGCGUUCCACUCCUAAUGCGUAUAUAUAUAUAUAAAUAUAUAUAUAUAUAUACACAUCCAUCCCCUGAAGAGCAGGGAAACCUGCGAAACAGGCUUGUAGGGAUGAAAUAGCCUCUGUCUUUCAAUCACUGGGGCUUAUUUUAUUCAUUUUUUUGUCUUGCUUGUAUUAAAACGUAUUUUCUUUUUUUUUUAAUUCAAUAAAGAUCUUUUUUAUAUUA